CAGCGCAAGAACGAAUCUCGAUGUUUCCAAAAUUAGAAAAUACAGCCUUUUCUUUAUUAAGGUCUAUAUCUAACUGACCAAUCAGAAAACGACAAUUAACACUAAUCUCACCCGCGCGUAAUAGGAAAUUACAAUCACGUCCGGUGACUGGCACUCGUUUGAAAUAUGUCACUUGUCGCUGGAUGUCGUUUACGAUGGGCAGUUAGUGUGGAGGACAUUGUGUCCAGAACCUCAGCUCUUAUCAGUUAUGCCCGCUCAUUGUAUGAUAAAGUGGCACAAUCUGAGUCUGUCUCUUUUGAGUCAGUUGUUUGCCUAUGUCAUUAUUUGAAGCCGUAUAUCAAACAGAAAGGAAUUCCCUUGACUUUCCACAACACACAUAUCCUUCGUUAUCAAUGAGAGAUGCCAGUUGUAAUGCUACUCGUAAACUCGCUGAUAUGGAAGUGGAGUUGGAGAUGCGAAAAGAUAUAUUUGAAAAGUUUGUUGCAGUUCAAGCCAAAAUGGAUUCAUCAUUCUCUGAUGAAUAUCGUCGUUAUGUAGAUAGGAAAGUUCAACUGGGACGCAGAAAUGGUCUUCAUCUAGAUGAUGAAAGCAGGAAAGUGAUAGAAGCGUUGAAUAAGGAAGAAAAUCAGUUAUGUAUUGAUUUCAGUCGCGCUUUGAAUGAAGAGAAUACUUUGUUGGAGUUUACGGAAGAGGAAUUAUUCGGAUGUCCUGCUGAUUUCAUUGCGGGCUUGAAAAUGCUGCCCUCUGGCAAACGUGAAGUAUCGUUGAAAUACCCACAUUAUUUCCCUGCCAUGCAAAAAGCCUCCAAUCCAGAAACUAGGAGGAAACUGGAAAAUGCUUUCAAUUCAAGAUGUGUUAAGGAGAAUAAGCCUAUUUUGAAGCGUUUAAUGGAACUUCGCAAAGAACGUGCAUCAAUUCUAGGCUUUGCUACACAUGCAGAUUUUAUGCUUGACUUAAGGAUGGCUAAAAAGGCUGCAAAUGUAGACAAAUUUUUGAGUAAUGUUGGUUCAAAGCUGGAGAAAGCUCAACAGAAAGAGACUGCACGCAUAUUGGAAUUAAAGAAGGAAGAGUGUGAACGUUUAGGAUACACCUUUAAUAAUCGUAUUGAUCCAUGGGAUACACGUUACUAUAUGAAUAUGGUUAAAGAGAAAGAUUACUCCGUAGACGAAGAGGUUUUAAGGAAAUAUUUCCCGUUAACCACUGUAAAAUCGGGUGUCUUACGAUUAUAUCAACAAUUAUUGGACUUGAAAUUUGAACGUGUUCCAAAUCCAGAGGUGUGGCAUGAAGAAGUGGAAAUGUACUCAGUAACUGAUGCUGAAACGAACAUUCUUUUAGGCUACUUCUAUCUUGAUUUACAUCCACGCGAAGGUAAAUAUGGACACGCUGCUGUAUUCGAUUUACAACCGGGUUGUUGUAGACCGGUAGAUUCCUGUUGUAAUGGUGAUGGUAGUCAUCAGCUAGCCUGUGAGCGUCAAGUAGCUAUCGCAGCAAUGGUAGCUAAUUUUACUGCACCAGACAAAGAAACCGGUGAAGGUUUUCUAUUACAUGAUGAAGUGGAGACAUUUUUUCAUGAAUUUGGCCAUUUAAUGCAUCAUAUUUGUUCGUAUACAGAAACUGCUUUGUUUAGUGGUACUUCAGUAGAAACUGAUUUUGUCGAGUGUCCAUCACAGAUGUUAGAAAAUUGGGUAUGGAAUGUUGAUGGAUUGAAAGCACUAUUAGGUACUAAUGAUGAUCCAAUGCCAAAGGACUUAUUGAAUAGCUUGAUUAAGUCACGUGUAGCCAAUGCUGGACUCUUCUAUUCUAGACAAAUUCUUCUUGCUUCAUUUGAUCAAGCCAUUCAUACUACAAAGUGGAAAGAUGAUCCUUUGACUACCUUCAUAAAUUUAAGUAAAAAAUGGCUGGAUAUCGAACCUACACCAGGCACUUUUAUGCCUGCAUCAUUUGGACAUUUAGCCGGUGGAUAUGAUGCACGCUAUUAUGGUUAUAUGUGGAGUGAAGUUUUCAGUGCUGAUAUGUUUGAAUCACGUUUCCGGUAUGCUGUAGAUGGCGGUUGCCUAAGUCGAUCUGUGGGGAAAGAUUAUAGGGAAAAAAUUCUACGUCCAGGUGGUUCCAAAGAUGCUGUUGAUAUGUUGAAAGAUUUCCUUGGCCGUGAACCAAAUGAUCACGCUUUCUUCAAACUGUUGAAUAUUGAUGUGUAAUUUCCGAACACUGGUUGUACUUUUUGACAGAGAAGUACCAUUUUGAUACAAUUGAUUCAAAGAAAAUUACCGAUGAUGAAUACAAUUCAGUUUCUUGGUGUUUUUCUCUUGAUGUUUAUAUGACGUUUUAUCUAGUCACUUCAUAUUGUGAACAGGAAACAAACAAAUCAGUUUGACGGUUU